GACUUCCCUCCCUCCCCCUCCAAAAAAAAAAACAUUUCAGCAGUGCUGCCAAUCCGUCUUUAUGUCUGAGCAGCAACUGUUGUUUUAGUUUAAAUCUGAGAUGAAGAACAAACAGAUGAACAGGACAGGGAACAUCCACAGAAAGAAAGAGAAAUGCAGGUCAAAGAGUCAGUACCAAACAGGUAAGAAGAGAAAGGGCAAAAAGGCCAAGACGGCAAACUCAGAUAGAAUGACGAAUAAGCAUUUGGGCAACCAGACAAGUGCAGCAGCAUUGCAGAUGGACGAUGGAGUGGAUACAGAAUUAAAAGACGACACAAACCAACCAUGUGGCUGGUUCUCACGCAACCUGCUCCUUGCCCUCACCGUGCUAGGUGUUAUAGCGGGCACAGUGCUGGGCAUGAUGCUGCGUUAUGUUCCUGAUCUGGACACAAACACUCUCAUGCUGGUUUCCUUUCCGGGAGACAUCCUGAUGAGAAUGCUGAAGAUGCUCAUCCUGCCCCUAAUCAUCUCCAGUCUCAUCACAGGCCUGGCCGGUCUGGAUGCUCGCUCCAGUGGAAGAAUGGGCACCAGAGCAAUGGUGUACUACAUGUCCACCACAGUAAUCGCAGCUGUACUAGGUGUCAUCCUGGUGCUCGGAAUACACCCUGGGAACCCAAAACUCAGGUCCAGUCAGGUCGGCUCCGCCUCCAAGAACCAAGAAGUCAGCAGUCUGGAUGCCUUUCUAGAUCUGAUCCGAAAUCUUUUCCCAGAGAACCUGGUGCAGGCAUGUUUUCAGCAGGUUCAAACGGUGAUGAAAAAAGUAGCUGUCCCAGUCCAGAACCAAACAGAACCGAUCCUUGUCAAUAGGAAAAAACUGGAACUGAAGUGGGGAAUGAAUGUUUUAGGUUUGAUUGGGUUCUUCAUCGCAUUCGGUAUCUGCAUGGGGAAAAUGGGAGAGAGGGGGAAGCUCAUGUGCGAUUUCUUCAACAUCCUUAAUGAGAUCAUCAUGAAGAUGGUGUCCAUGAUCAUGUGGUACUCUCCAGUAGGCAUUGCCUCCCUCAUCUGUGGGAAAAUUGCUGCUAUCGGUGACUUGGAAGUGGUGGCGAGGCAGCUAGGCAUGUACAUGGUCACCGUCAUAGUCGGUCUCAUCAUUCAUGGCGGGCUCAUCCUGCCAGUCAUAUUCUUUUCCGUGACUCGGAAAAACCCCUUCGCGUUUUACUCUGGAAUCUUCCAGGCUUGGAUCACUGCUCUGGGAACAGCCAGCAGUGCUGGGACAUUGCCAGUGACGUUUCGUUGUCUGGAGGAGAAUCUGAAGAUUGACAAGCGUGUGACUCGCUUUGUGCUGCCCAUCGGAGCCACCGUAAACAUGGAUGGCACUGCACUCUAUGAGGCUGUAGCAGCCAUUUUCAUCGCCCAGAUGAAUGACAUUGCCCUAGAUGGAGGACAGAUUGUUACCGUUAGUAUGACAGCGACUUUAGCCAGCGUGGGAGCGGCCAGUAUUCCCAGUGCGGGUCUAGUCACCAUGUUGCUAAUCCUGACCGCCGUGGGCCUUCCAACUCAAGACAUCAGCCUGCUCGUCGCUGUCGACUGGCUCCUCGACAGAAUGCGCACCUCCAUUAACGUGGUGGGCGACUCUUUCGGGGCGGGCAUUGUGGACCACCUAUCACGGGCAGAGCUCGCCGUGAUCGAUGGGGACAUCCCUCUAUCAGACGAGGAGUUUGUCCCCCCUCCGCCUCUCCUCACUGAAAUAGACCUUAUAGACCCUCUCAAACCACCCGAACUGCCCCCUCGCUCCCCGCGUCCCCCCAAGCUCAACCAUCACGCCCCGUCUCUGACCCCUUCGCAGUCUCUGUCGCACUCUAUCCCGCACUCGCCCCGUUCCGUCCGCUCUCCGUCACCUCACUCCAUCCGUUCGCCCUCCCCUCGCUCCGUGUGCUCUCACUCCCCAAGGCCUUUCCGAACACAUUCUCCUCGUCUGUUACGCAGGACGGAGCCUGGAUACUGUGUCCUGCCCACUCAUGACAACCAGAUGACCACUCUUCCCAGAGGUUUCCGAGAGAGAGGCAGAGACCGGGAAAGAGACAGAGAAAGAGAAAGAGAAAGAGAAAGAGAGAGACUGCGGGAACGGGAACGAGAUAAAGGUAGCGAGACUGAGGAGGACGAGGAGAAAGAACGAAUGAUGGACGAGGCGAGCGACGGAGAAGAAAGCGACGACACGGCGUACGACAGACGCCACGCCAUCCCACCUUGUGACCUGCCCUGAACCAAACAGAUGAAGCUGUAUCACAUUUUCACAAUACUUCUUCCAUAUUUCAGAACCCACCUUUUUGGAUGAAAGCUGGCAUUUUGUUGUUGUUUGGCAAAGACUUUGAGUAGCUAGGUGUGUUGUGUGUUUGUUUUGCGUUGAGAAUAUUGACAUACGUGAAUGGAGGGUUCACCGGCAAGUAUGUUUCUUAGUAUCAGCUUUAUAGUCUAGCAACUGCAACUGUUUGUAACUUAUAGUUUAUUUGCUUUUACAGGAUUUCGGUAAUAAACCGGAUCAGUGGCUUUGAACGUUUAUUGCACAUGCUCUGCCAGUUUUGAUUUUAUUUAUUCGCUGACUUCCCUGUCAUAUAAUUUAUCUAGGCUACUGGGAUACUGGUUGUAACACUGGAUGUCACUGCACCGCACUGUAAAACCCAGACUUACUCAAUGGUUCAGGGAAAAGAUAGCCUUGACUCAUUGGAGCUGCCUUAGUUUACUUGAUGUCCUCUGUUCAGUUGCCAGUGUGACAUAAACAAAAUGACAACAGGCAGUUCAAAUGAGUCGAAGCAGUUGGUUCCUAUAAACAGUCCAAAGUUGUUCCAAAUCUCUCGUUUUAUGAUUGUUGGGUUUUUCUUUUGACGGUGGCGAGGACGUCACAAGCAGCUGUGAGUAACACGAGGACGUUUCUCCCCAAACCCCUCAUGUUCCUUCCCUUUCCGCAUGUCUUAAAAACGUGAAUCAUACCCUGAAAACAUCAACUGCAUGUAGAGAUUUACCAAUACACUGUUUAGAUUAAUGGGUUUUACGUCAGGCCAAGUGCAGUUACACAAACCUGAUAUAGUUCUUUACUUUUGUACAGUUUGUCCUCACACAACUCGUCCAUUCUCAUACUGCAUGAAUGCCAGUGUAGUUCUCACUCACAUCCAGCUUAUUAUAAAAAAAAAUCACACUUUUUUUUAUUAUUAUUAUCAAAUUUAUUUUUCAUACUCUGGUAACACUUUACAAUAAGGUUCAUGAGUUAACUACAUUAGUAUAACAUGAACUAAGAAUGAACAAUACUUCUACAGCAUUUAUUAAUCGUAAUGUUAUUUUCUCUCAUUUUACUAAUGCAUUAUUAAAAUUAUUAAACAGUUGUGUUUGCUAACAUUAGUUAAAGGGGUCAUGAACUGCCUUUUUUAUUAUUUUGUACUGUUCUCUUUUUUUUAACAUCAAAAAACAUAAUUUAGAAGUAAUAGGCUAUUUUCUGUCCUUUUAACCCCCCUCAUCAGAACGCUCUGUUUGAAUAGGCUUAAAAGUGUAUACACCUACUGCUGUGAUUGGCUAAAAGCAUACAUUUAUUCCUUAUAGAUGGACCCCACGCUGUGAUUUAGGUUUAAAACUCAUAAAUAACUCAAUACAUAUCAAACGAUCUGUAUGAAGAGACAAAGCAAUAGUGACCACGUAAUAAAAACAGUUUAUACUUAUGUUGCGACAUUACUGUUGGAUCCAAUAUAGGCGGCACAGCAUGGUCUUUUAGUUCGAAUCUUUUUGAAAAUCCCAUGUCGAAUUGUUUCGCUCUGUUCACUAACGUAACCUUGGUUUCCUGAGAUGAGGGAACGAGUGUUGCAUCGCUGAUGCUACGGGUAUUUGUAAACGAAUCCGCAGUAAAAUGAACUAAACAAAGGGCCGAGUUCCUACUGAAUGGUCUGGAACUUAUUUAAAAAUGAAGUUCAUCCACUCUUUCCUAACAUUGGGAUCAGAAAGAAGGCAAUGCAAAUGCUGUUUUUUCACACAUUGACACUGCAGAGUGUCCUGUGUAGACCUGCACGUUCACCUCUCUGGUAAACACUAUGCCCGAAUCGGUGGGCGGGGCUAAACAGACAUUACAAAACAUUCCAAAAGCUGUCAUUUUGGCAGACUGCCUUCAGUAUAAGCUGUUUUUAGACUAACAACAAAGUUUUGAGUUCUUGAAACUGAUUUUUUUUUUUUUUUUAGUACAGUGACCUCUUAUAUGUCAAAAGAUCAAGGGAAUUUUGGUUUCUCAUGACCCCUUAAUGCACUGUGAACUAACAUGAACAAACAAUGAAUGACUGUUUUUUUAUUGACUAAUAUUAACAGAUAACAGUAGUGUAAUAAAUAGUGUAAUAAAUGUAUUGUUUAUUGUUCAUUUAUGUUAGUUAAUACAUUAACUAAAGUUAACACGACACCUUAUUGUUAAGUGUUACCCAUACUUUAGAACAUAUUACUUAUUAUUUUAAAAGAAAGUAAUACUUUAUUCAGCAACGAUGCAUUAAACUGAUCGAAAGUACCUGUGAAGUCAUUUAUCAUAUUACAAACGAUUUCUGUGACAGAAUAAGUGAUGUUCUUUUGAACUUUCUAUCAUCAAAGAAUCCUGAAACUACAUUUUACAUAUUUUGCGUAUUGCACUGUCACAAACAUAUUAAGCAGCGCAACUGUUUUAAACAUUAAUAAUAAUAAUAAUAAUGCAUGUCUCUCAAAUAGAAUGAUUUCUAAAAAAGCUAUGAAACAUGAGAAUAUUACUGUCUUUACUGUAUUUUUGAUCAAAUAAAAAAGCCUUGGUGAGCAUUACAGACUUCUUCAAAGUCUUACAGACCCAGACACAGUUAUGAUUACAGCUCCAUAUGUUUCAAUUUCCAGACAGAACAAGCUUGCUCGGUAGUUCAGCCAGCACAGAAUUGGACUUAAGUUGUAGAACCCUUGGGUACGAAUCCCAUGAAAAACUCACGAUGACUCAUGAUAAAAUAGCUGAAAGAUGCACGUGCAUCUGUUCAGAGGAACGCUUUUUUUAGUGCCACUCAGUGGACAUCUCACAUCGAAUAUGUCACGAAACAUACAUGGCAGUACGUUUUCAUCAAUGUUUUCAUGUCCUACAAUGUCUCAAACUGUACUCAGAUUUGCCAAAAGUCUGCAAUCAGGCAUCCCAGAUUUCAGUAUGAACUCUCAAAUUCCUAAUCAAGUCCUUCCUGAAUCAUAAGCAAUGUACAAUACAGCUCUGUAAUCUUACUGUACAUCAACAGUCUCUUAAGAUUUUUUUUUCCCUCUACAAUUCAAGAAUUACUUUGAUGUUAAUAUUGUUGUCAUAUUUGCUAUUAUUGUCUAGUGUUGCAAUUUAGCUCGUCAUUUAUGAUGUAUUUCUGUCUGACUUAUGUAUUUAUUCUGUCUGAUAGACUUUAUUUCUUUUUCCCAUGAAAUGUUUCUCCGAAACUCCCUUUGCUUCCACCUCACGGUGUCCCCUUGUCCCUCUGAAUUCACAUGACCACAACAGCUGCCGUCUGUGGUGUGCAAAAUAAAAUCUUAACAAUUUAUUUAACUUUUUCGAGUGGUUUGUCCUUUAAUGCCUCUUGUGUAAGAGUGUCAACACGAGGCACGUUUAAAUCCCGUCUCACUCUCGCAUUAAGACCGGUGGACGAACGAAAUCCCUUCACGCACACGGAGUCAAAAUUUCCUCGCACAAUGAUGAGACAAAGACAUCAAAACACUUAAUCCGCUCAAAGGAGAGCGAGGGAGAGAGAGAGAGCAAAGGAUGGGAGACAGCAGCAGAUGGCCAGAAAGAUGUCAAUCCUCCUCAUUCUUCCCAGGACAACAGUGAAGCAGGAGACAGAUGAUUACAAGGGACACUGACGUUAUUAUAGGGACCCUGGACGUCACAGAGAUGGAAUGGGAAAGCUUAA